AUGAGCGGUCGUGGAAGGGGCAGGGGAGCACUUGCAAGAUGGGAAGCUGCUAAAACUUUAAGAGAAAGUAGCACGCGUGUUGGGUCGUCGGUUUUGUCUCUUUCUCGAGAACAUGAAUCCAAACUAAAGGUCAAACAGUCUCCUGGCGACUCUGUCAACAGUCACACGCUUGCAAGAGUCACUCAUAUCAUCGAUGUGGAGCACUUUUGGGCCCAGACAGGUAAGGCUGAAACGAUAAACACCAUAUUUUCAGAUAAAAUUGUAAUACAAAAAACCCGUAAGCGAUCGAAAAACUAAUAUCAACAUUUGACGAUUCUCGUUCUCUGUACGUCUCUAUUUAAAAUUAAUAAUUGCCUGUUUGUUUUGAAAUCCGUAGUUAGUUAAAUUUAAUUCAUGUCUAAUUACAACUGUUCAUUACAUUUUCAAGAGCCAGAUAUAAUAUUUCUGGCUCUAACGUACUCUAGAUUAGUCUAGAGGCCAGCAUUGACUUAUGGACUUGUUUACACAGCUUUACUAGAAACUCUUGACCCUUAGCCAAUUCUUGCCAGCGUGUGAAGCUUCUUUCAAACAAUGUAGUUGCCGCUGGUAGUUGUUUCUUGUAUGAGAGAACUAACCAUCAGCAAGAAAAGUGGACUGCAAAAAGGUUUUUCACUCUGUUAAGGAAAAGGAAGCGAAGUGCAAAUCAAAUAAUGAUUUUCUUUUGAUGGAAGUUUUUCUUUGAAGUACAUCUUUAAUAUUGAGUACUUCAAGCCCCCCAAAAAAAAAGACAUUGUUAUGAUAGAUUAAUGUUAGAGUGUUAUAUUAGAGUGCUCUGUUAAUAUAUAAUAGGUAUUCCAUAGAUACUCAUAAAAAAAACAUUUGAAUUACUUAACACUGAAGAACCUUAGUAAUUAAGAUGCUCAAAACAUACCCCAACAAGAAAAUUAAAGUUCAGUUCUUUCUCUAUUCAAACCUUAUUAAUCCAUCUUCUUUACUCUGGUCAAGUUUCAUGGUUAACCCUCUAACCCCAAAGAGUGACGGCCAUUUAAUUUCUCCUGACAGUGUCACCUCUGAAAUAAACAUUAAUGUCAAGAGAAUAAAAGAAAUUAUUGCUAACUAAAGAAACUCUUGAUUGUUUGACAAAUCCUCGUUAAUACCAUGGGAAAUGUGUAGCAGAAAGUGUGGAGAAUAUGCAUACUGAUCUUAGGGUGUGUUGCAUUAAGUAGAGGUCCCUUCAAGAGGUUUGAUAAGUGAUCCAGGAGAACUGAUCAAAGUGGAUGAUUUAUAUAAACAGGUCACAUUGCUUUUGACUUUCCUGAUGCAUGUGAGGAAAACAUGUACAGUGUAACUAAUUUCAUGUCCACGAGAAGAUGUGCGCUACAUGUAUAUGCAUAAGCAUUAUGGUGUGUCCAGUUUGAAUUUUAGGUUUUUUUGUAUGAUUGAUUUACAUGCUUUACCAUUCAAUCAUGAAGGUUUGGUUUUGGUAGGAAGUUUGGAGAACAUGCUGGUGUAAUUGAAUUUCAUGACACAGAUUUACUAGCUAAUUUUAUUUAACAUUUCUCUAACCCUUAUAACUCCCUAAAGUGAUUAACAUGUAACUUCUCCUUUUAUAUCCAUGCAAUAUGCAGCAACUUGAUCUAACACCAAAUUCUUGACACUUAUUUACAAAGAAAUGUAUAGCAGCCAGAGGGGAGAAUUGAUUUUCAGAUCUUAGGAGUUAAAGGGUUAAAUGCGUCUGGGAAUAUUUGAGGUGUUUUGUUUUGAAUUUUAACAUUUUUAUAUACCAGGUACUUCUGAUGAGCUAAAACAGUUUGACACAUAUAUGACUGCAUUAAAUUCAUGGUGUAAUGAACAACAAAGAUCAAGUGUUGAGAAAAUACCCACAUGUGGUCAGGCAGUGUGUGUAUUUCAUUCAAGCACUGGCCAGUGGAGAAGAGGUCAGGUUACUAGGCCUAUUAGCAACAGGUUUGUUGAGUAAUUCUUAUAAUAUUAAGAACUAUGGCUCACUGUAUGAUAUAAUUUUAGUAUCAUUAAAAUUUUAAUAAUAUAUUGACAACUGAAAGUUUUUGGUUACCAUUACUGACAUUCCAUCUAAGGUUGUAAUGUUGGGAUGGGGAAGGGGAAGGGGGGGGGUAUCUUUUUAGCAGUACUUCCUAAACCCUCUAAAUCCCAGACUUGAUUAAUAUGUAACUUCUCCCUCUAUCAUCUUUUCAUUAUCCAGCAAACAGGUAAUGAGAAUACUCAAACUUAUCAGAUAGAAGUUGUUCUCUUGAUGUAAAACCAAAUUCUUAUAGCUAUAAUUUACUUGGAAAUGUGUUGCAGCUAGAGGAGAGAAUUAACAAUCAAGUCUUGGGAGUUCAAGGGUUAGGCUAGUUUUGAUGUGAAAUUUAGGAUGAACCCCAAAAGUCUAUGGCAUCUGUGGCUAAGUUUACUCAUACUACAAUUGGACAUGCACUCAUCACCACUGUUAGAGAGCAGCAAUUCUCCUCACUAUCAGCUGCACAAUUUCUAUGAUUAAGUUUGGAGAAUUUGGUAUUGGAUCAACUAUGCAUACCCCAAUUGAUAUUUUUGUUUAUUCUCAUUAUUUGUCUGUGUGACAUUGUAUUGAUAUUGUAAGGAGAAAUUUUGUCUUGGUCACUGACAGGAGUAAAGGGUGAAAGGUACAGUGUAUCUGUAAUGUUUUUUAUAAAAGCUAGUUGUAAGUGUUAAAUCUGCUUUUGUACUAUUACCCAAGAAUUGUUUUUGUUUUUGGUUUUUUUUUGACAGCAUGUUAGAUGUAUUUUACUUGGAUUAUGGACAGUCAGAAUGUGUACCAUUGGAUAGAGUUUGUCAUCCGUCUCCCAGUGAUAUAAUGUCUCGCCCAGUUCUAGCACGGUAUAUAACACUGGAUGGUGUGAAACCUGUAAGUAACCUAGUAAACUAUCAAUCAGAAUAAUAGCAUAUCAUUUUAUGUUUAGCUGCAUUUUGGUUUCAAUUGAGAGAUGUGCUGUUUUCACGCUUGCAUUAUUUUAUAGUCACAGAGAUCAAUCUUAUUUUUACAAGCUUACAGAUUUCUUCGCCAGAUUUUCAUCAGCUGGUCAAAUGAAAUUUAUUUCAUACAAGUUGUUAUCAAAUUCCUCUAUGAGAAAAAAUAACCCUCUAAAAUUUGCCUUACUCUCAACAUGUGGCUUCAUUGCUCAGUUGGUACUGUAGGACCCAACAAGGAGGAACAGGUUCAAUUGCUGUUUCUCUACUACAAUUGCUAAAAAUUGCAUCCACUAGUGAGGAUCAUUUCUUUUUCUAGGUUUUUGUAGUAGCUUAAUAAGCUUUUCCUUUAUUUUAGACUGGCUGUCUAACUGGUUUUAUAUGUUUACAAAAUUUGAUUUUUUUUUAAGAAGAAAAAGGGUUUUUAAAAUUUUACUUAAUUAAAAAGAUCUGCAACAAUUUUUUAUAGUUUUGUACUUAGCUUCACUUCAAUUUAUGAUCAACAGUGGUAAAAAUGUUAAAAGUGAGAAUUAAGUUAUUUCACAAGAAAUAAAGUAAUAAAAUAUUAUUCACUAAAUCUUCAUUUAAUUUCUACAGAUUGAUGGAAGCUGGUCAGAAGAGGCUAAUAAAAGAUUCAGUGAACUUGUUUCAAGCAGACUUAAAAUCCAUUUUAUUGACAAUUUUAGAGGGAAACUUUAUCUGCGGUUAGUUUACAAUUAUUUAGAAAUAAAAGCCAUUAUCUACUCAACCCUUGAGUCCUUAACCCUAAACUCCCAGAAGUCAUUAACAUUUAACUUCUCCUUAUAAUAUCUCUACAUUAUCCAGUAAACAGGUAAUAAGAAUACCCAAACUUAUCAGGUAGAAGUUGUUUUCUUGAUCUAAAACCAAAUUCUCACAACUUAUUUACAAGGAAAUGUGUAGAGGGGAGAAUUGAUAAUCAGUUCUUGGGAGUUAAAGGGUUAAGAUUGACCAGUAUCUAAUUUCCUCUAACAGUAUCACUUCUGGAAGAAACAUUAAGGUCUUCAGGAUAAAGGUCCAAAUGAUCACCAACUGAAAAAGCUUAUGACUGUAAAACAAAUUCUCCCUGUCAGUUUCAUUGGAAAUGUCCAGAGAACAGUGUAGAGAAUAUGUAUACAGAUUUUCGGGUGUAGAGGGUUAAAGAGCUCAGGCUACAGAUCAUAGGUAACUAACUGCAGGUGAAAGGAGUAAUGAACAAAUGGUGCCUCUUGUUUGUUCUCAAUUUUUAGAAUGGAAUGGCUAUCACCUGGGAAGUGACUACAUCAUGGAUAAUAUAAAAACAUGUCAUGAUUAUGACUAUAAUAAUGUUAUAUUUCAUGUGUAGCACUACCACAUCCUUGGACAAAACUAUUUAGAGGAAAAAUCACAUUUCAAUUGAAAGAUAUGCCUCUCUCACCCUCUUAUUUUAUCUCUUUAUUUUUGUCAUUGAAGAUUUAAAUUAUCUUUUGUUAUCAUGGUAGAAAUAGAGAUGGGGAAGAAACUUCAGUAGGUGAUGUGCUUAUCUCUGAAGGCCUUGCUAAGGUAUAGUGCAAAUCUUUGUUCAUGUUAUACAUAGCUUUUCAGUAUGACAAAAUCAGGACUCUCACUCCCAGGAAUGAUCAUUUGAUGAAUUAUUCUAAUGAUUUUGAUACACUGUUAAGGUACAUUAAAACAUUUCAAUCAGGGGGUUAUCAGUUGAUCCAUUACCAAACUGUCUGAACUAACAUCAUAAAAAUUGUAUUGCAGACAGUAAGAAAAAUUAUUAAUGAGCGUAAGGGAUAUUAAGCUCUGGCCCCUUGUGAGCCAUUUGGCUCAAGUGCAGACUUAGUGAACACCCAUUAAAAUAUAUGGAAUGAAACACUUGGUCUAAUGGAUGAUAUGUUACAUUGCAUUUAGAGUCCUGAUGAUGUUGUUAAUAAAGGGAUAUGGAACAGAGAAGUUGGUAGUGGUCAUCAGAAAGACAGUUCUGUCAGGUAUGUAUCAGGCAUGAAUCAAUAAAUGUUAAUGUUUCUCACCUUCAUCAAAUAUUGUGUUCUUAAAAUGGUUUUCAUCUGGUGUGAAAGCUUUUUUGGCACCUAGGUUAUGUUUUUCAAUACAUUUUAAUUAUUGCAUGGAUGGCUUUUUUGAAAGCCAACCUAAAAUUCUUUGCACUGGAGUGCAAGAGAGUAUUAGUGAAUUAUUGCAAAAAGUUGACAAGAUGUGGAAGGAAACCUGUGUUGACUAACAUCCAAUCAGGGCAUAGUAGUACAUGUAACGACACUUUCAUUGGCUCUAGAUUUCUGUAAUUCACAAUUUGAUAUAUGUAUACUUGUAGAGUGUAGAUUCUCUCUAGGGGAAUGAUAAUUUUUGUGUUAUGUAAAAAUCUAAUUGUGUUUAGGGAAUGAUCAGCUAGUGAUUUCUCUUACAAAAUCAAUACUUUGUCAGGGUUCAUCCUUAUUUUAAAAGCAAAACAGGUAAACACAAUUUUCAAACAGGUAGAGCAAUCCUUUUACCCAUUAAAUUUUCAAGAAUUUGAAGCAAUUUCAGGGAGUAAUAAGAGGUACUGCAGGCAGUAAAUUUUAACAGUUACAGCCUGAAAAAGAGAGCACUGCAUGGUGUUCAAGAUAGGUGAUAAGAACAAACGAAUACCAUUAUUUUGCUUAUUGUUUGAUUUAACCCCUUACACCUUCACAUCAGUUAACACAAUUCUCCAUACUGUUCUCUAUACAUUUCCUAAGGUGCUGACAGGGAGAAUUUGUUUUACAAUCAAAAGCAUCUCUAGUUGGUGAUCAUUUCCAUAAAGUUUAUUCUCUCUACCUUACUGUGUGAUUCAAGGGUGACAUUGUAAGGAGAAAUUAGAUGCCAGUCACUCUUAGGGGUCAUUAAUUUCUUAGGGCUAUAUUACAAGGGGGGAGUUCUUCGGAGUAGAUGGUUAAACAAUGGUCCUUGCAAACCUUGCAAUAACCCAAAAUUAAUCUGGGAUUUAUUUUAGCAUAAUGGGGAUUUACCAAUAUCUGAAAGUUAUUAUUCUGCUCAUUCAAUCCUAAAAUUGUAUUUCUUAUUUUCCAUCUAAAUUUAUAGUGCAUUGAGUUCUGACCAGCAGAAAAGAUUAGAUGAACAGUGGAACCCGCUAACAUUCCAUCCAGCAGAAUCACGGCAACCAUUGUGGCAGAAAAGCAACAGCUUCAUUACCAUAAAAGAUCCAUCAACCAAAUUACCCAUUUCUUUAAAAGACCAAUCUUCACAGAGAGAGCUAUUUAAUUUAAACCAUAGUGCAUUUAGUCCACCACAAGUAUAUGGCAGUAAAUCACAGAGAGAUACAUAUUCAAGUGCAAUUUCCUUGAAUGAUGUUCCUCUUCCACCAAAGCCAGACUUUGAAAUGCAGAACAAGGAAAAGAACAUUCUUGAAACAUUCAAUGUCAAAAGAACUGAUCCAGGACCAGUGGAAUCACUGCGCUCAGCGAGGCCUUACCUGGCCAGCCCAAGUGCAUUUCUCACUCAGUCACAGACAGGACACAGUUCAAGUAUGUUAAAAUUUGUGUUUGAUUGUUUAUACCAUGCCAGAGAAAUACACCCAAACAGAAAACAGGAAAGGUGCUGUUUUUGUGAUCCACCCAACCUUUAACCACGAGGCACUCCAAGCUUCUUCUCUCCAAAUUGGAAUAAUUUUUAGUUUCUUUCAAGAAUUUAAAUGUAGUAGCUGUACCAGCAAUGCAUUCUUUUUUAUCAUGAAUUUUAGGUUUUUAAAACAUUUUCAAGGAGUGUUUUAAUUGCUUUCAAAAUGAAAUCUGCAUGAAUGUCUUCUUGACUGUUUUGGCCAUCAUGUUUUCUCUUGCAUGGUAUGGAAUAAGUGUGCUACUCUUUCUUGUUGUAUACCAUCAAAUAUUCUACCCUGUACUUGUCACUUCAUUUUUUGUGGAAUAUGCUUAGAACUUGUGAGAUAUUUCAUUUGAAAAUGUUGCAUAACUGGUUUUUAUGCCAAGGUUAGUAACAGUUUACACUUUAGGGUGACAUUACUAAUAUUGUCAUGUCAGAAUGGGAACCAAAUUUUGUUAUAGGAGAGCUGGAUGGUGAAAUGUGGAAGUCUUGGAGUGUAUCUACAUGAGUUAAACUUCUGUAGAUAUACUUCUUGGUUUGAGCAUUUUCAUUUGUCAUCAUUAUUUCUUUUUUUUAACUAUAAUCUUCCCUUUUCUUUACCAUAUUUAUUUUUUUUGAGUUAUAAUUACCUUGUGGGUGUAUUUUGUAAGCAUUUUAGGGCUGUUACUCGAUGACAUGUGUUUGAGUACUUUUUAAAGUAAUAAAUUAAACUUAGAAAAAUUUAAUCAAAAUUUGUAGUGGAUCUUGUGACUGUAUUUUAUGCAGCACUCGUUGAAGACUUAUUUCUUAAUGAAUAGUCAAUAAUUUUAAAUUGUUUAUUUGUUUAGUUUAAAUUUAGUUGUGACGAUGUAGUCUGAAUUGUGUCCCAAACCAAUAAUUUUAAAGACUGGUUUAAUGUACAUUAACCAAGUAUGUAGCUACAUGAAUUGCUAUAGCUAGAUACCUUAGAAGUGACCAUUAAACACUUGGACCAAGUAUUCAAUGAAGUGGAGGUUAAUAUCCACUAAUUUCACUGACACUGAUGUGAGUUAUUGUUUUAGUAUAUACCUCACUGAAAUAAAAAAAAAAUAGUUCAUUUCUGUCAAUAUACUCAUAAAUGGUCACAUUUUUAACUUUGGAUGUGUAAUUUUUUCUCUAAAGCUACUUGGAGGUGAAUAUUACUGUACCUGUUAUUCACUUCUGAACUAGUCAAUCAGCAGGUGUAAAAAGUACUAUUCACAUGUGUAGCAUAUAGCAAAAUGAACUAUGUAUUUCGCAGGGUUUUUUUUAUGCAUGAUUUAAGUAUUUUCACACUUUUAUGACUCUAUAUUUGGUUUUCAGCCAACUCAGUAUUACCAAGCAAUGAAUCACCUCUAAAGUACCAACCACCUCAUCUGCGAUUUUCACAACCAAAGAUGAAUGAAGCAAAUGCACCAAGCACAGAACCCAAGCUAGAGAAUUUCACUUCCCUCGCACAAAGCAGGAACAGUUCUUUUCAGUCAGUUCAGAGGUUGCCACAGUCACCUUUCUCAAACUUUUCUUUCAGUCCAAAACAAGGGAGAAGUAAUAUUGCUGCUCAGUUUCAAACAAACAAUUCCACAAAUUUAGGUGACAAUUCAGCAAUAACACAACCAUUGCAACAACAAACUUUUCAACCAUGGCAACAGUCUGAGUGUCUCAAAACACAGCCAUUGAAUGAAAAUACUAGGGAUGAAGAAUUGAAAGCAGAGUUAAAGUGGAAAAUAUGGAAGUUUCAACGGAAUGUAAAGAAACUUAUUGACCAUAUGGCAGUGGGUGAUAAUGGAGAUUAUCUACAAGAGCUUGACAAGUUAAUAGCUGAUACCAGAAUAUCUCAGGAGUUUCCAGGAGUUUCUGAAGUGUCUGUUACUGUAAAACUAUUACUUGAGAUGGUUAUCAAUAAUGUCAAGUUUGAAAAUGUGGCGGUUAAAGUGUGCACACUAUUUAGAGGUAUUUUUCUCAGUAUUUGUUAUAUUUAUGCUGAAGUUGAGAAAGAAAUUUUUAAAAAAACUUUUUCUCAUGUCUUGUACUUUUCACUAUGAAUUGUGUCCACAACAAUUCUUGAUUAGAGAGUUUGCAUCCAAUUUGUUGUAUGUUUUGAAUUUUUAGACAUGCAUAUACCUGAUGCUGGUGAUCUUAUCAAUAAAGAGGUGAUGACUUGUCAAAAACAGCUGAUGGAUGUAAGUAAUAAGUGAUGUAUGCAUAUUGUGGAAUUUCCAGAGUUUCUCUCUAAACAUUAUCAAAAGAUUGUCUUGCAUUAACUAUGUGCUGUCUCUACCAAUCCUGGUGAUUGUUGCUUGUAAUGUGAUAUCUAGAGAAAUACAUUUUUCGUCUUGUCACAAGCAUGGGACAAAGGGAAAAUUCUGAGUCCCCACAAGGAAUCAAACCUCACGCCUUUGGAUUCCAUGGUCCAAUGCUCUAUGACUAAGUCACAGAGACUCUAUGGUGAGCAAGUCCCAAUACAGAGUUCAUAUAUGACACGCAUCCUGCAUACUGCUAAGAUCAGCAAUGUCGAUAGUGUCAUGUUUUGCAAAUAGAAUAAGAAAGACAAUAAGUUUUAAGUAUGAUAUCUACUUUUGCUUUAAUUUAGCAAUCAGCCUUAAGUGAUAUCUGCCAAAGGUGUCAAAGAUUUUCAUCAUUUCUUGGGAAACUUUAUCUGGAGGUUUUAAAUGAAAAUGACUCUAAUGGGUAAGUACGUUAAUUAACAAAUAAAGGAGCCUUGUCCAUGCUCUGUUCUGUUGUAAAGCAUGCAGGAAAUGGCUAGAGUACAAAAGAAGUAAAGAAGAAACAGAAGAUGUUUUCCCUACUUCUGUGCAUCUGUACUCCAAUGAAGUAUGUUGUUCCAGCUAAUCAGGAUGCUUGUUAUGUGGAAACUUUAUUAUAAUAUGUUAAGAUAAAAAGUAUUUAAGGACCCAGUGACUAACAGUGACAUUCCUAAAUGUAGUAUCCCUCACCCCCAUUGCAAUGUUUCUAGCCAAGCAAUAUCAUCACAUUGAUGAACAACAUUACUUUGAGUAAUGGGGGCAACUUUUGCAACAAAUUUCUUUGUCACCAUUAAACACACUUUUUGCUCAAGGUGUCUCAACACUUUUGCAACUGGUUGUAGAAUACACUUAGCCUUUGUUUCAUUUGCAGUUACGCUGCCUGAAUGUAACUGUAAGUGCACUAGUUUGGAUUGUUGCCUUUUUAAAUCUUGUAUUUUGAAUUUCUUGAUUAUUGUAUUUGUCGCAGUUUGAAGCCAUCAGUCAAUAGCAUCAUAGCAAAUAGUCUCCACAACUGGUUAUCAUUUGAUCAGGUAAGCCUAAUGCACACAUGGAACAAUGAUAAUAGUAAUAAUAAAUAAAUACAAUUCUUCCAGAGCACAGGCACUUUGUCAGGGUUAUAGUUAUGACUGGUAACAAAAUUGCUUUUUUCUACAGGCUGAAUCAGUGGCAAUUCACAACUUUAAAGCAGCGUGUCUGACAGGAUUCUUAAGGAUCACAGGACCAAAAGUUGACCGAGCAGAAGGGUGACUUUUCCUUUACCAAUGACUUAUAUUAGAUCUUCACCAUAAAUAGAGAGCAGUGCCUUCAACAUCAAAUCAUUAUACUGAAAGUUACCAUUUGUAAAUCCUAGCAGUAUGCUAGAUGUUGAAGAGUUAAUUUAUGCCAAACUAAUUAUCUGAAUUUACAGCAUGUGUGUAUGUAAGUUGAGAUCAAAUGGGUCUGUGAGUGUCAUCUAAGUAUUUGCACCUAUUUGGAAGCUGUUGCUAUGCAACUUAGCAAAUCAUCUACUGGUAGUUGCUCUUAAGUCCACUAUUUGGUUGGAGCCUCUUCACAGUUAGUUUGUUCCAGUUGCUCUGUAAAUAAACAGUGGCACUUUGUAAAAAAAAGGAAGAAUUAUUGGAUAGCUAUCCCAUCCACUGAUCUGUUUACCAUCCCAUAUUAUUUACAAAUUGACUGAACUUAUGAAACAGGCCUCUAAAACCCACAUUACAAACAUGUAACUUCCAAGAUACAAUCAAUAAUUCUGCUGACUGACUGCCUUUCAAUUCACUCUGAACAAUUAUAGCCAGUCAAAUUUGGUGGUUUUUUUUUUUUUAGAUAAAGCCAUCUUGCUGAUGAGCUUGUCUGUUCUCAUUGUCUGUUGGCAAGAUAACGUAUUAAUUAAAUUUAAGAGAACAAUUUGAAUAUAAAUCACUGCUGGGAAUCUAAAUGUUUAAAGCUUAAUUGUCCCAAAGUACUGUUGGUCAAUAAAGUCCACCUUGGGUAUGUGUUGAAUAUCACAUUCCUUGACUUGAUAGCUUUUGAUGGUUUUAUUGAUUUGUUUUUGUUAAAAUUUGUACACAGGAAUGAUAUCUCAAGAUAUUUUGCUACAAUCAGGGACCUUGUACUUUCACCAGAUCUUGCUGUGUAAGAAAUACCAGUAGUUUGCUUUUAUAAAGAAUCUAAUGGCAUAAAAGAUUUUGAAUGAGGCUAAUCAUUUGCUCAUAUCUGUUGUCUGUUUUGUGCUGUUCCAAGUGCAAAAAAGGGUGUCAGUAGGAAGACAGGUUUCUAAGAAUCCCAUUCAGUCACAUAGGGCAAGUAGAUUUCGAUGCUGGGAAGGAAGGGUUUCUUGCUCAUUUACCCGUUAGGCAGGGCCUCAGAUAAUGCACAAUUUAAUCCAGUCCUUAAAACCUUUCACUCCCAAUAUCCCAAGAGUAAUUCUCCUUAAACCCUACCAUACAAUUAUUAUGAGGUUAGCUCAGAGAAUUUGGUAUUAGAUCAACUAAUAAUUCCUUCAUUGAUAUUUCCUUUACUCUCAUUACUUGUCUGCUUGAUAUUGUAUUGAUAAUGUUAGGAGAAAGUAUAUCUUGUAACUCACAGAAGUUUAACCCUUUAACUCCCAUGAGUGACCAAGACAGAAUUUCUCCUUACAAUUUCAACAAGUUAUGAGAACAAAUGAAAAUAAUAAUUUGGGGAUAAUUAGUUGAUCCAAUACUAAAUUCUCUGAACUAACAUUAUAAGAAUUGUAUUGUUGUCAGUAAGGAGAAUUACACAUUUGAUGUGUGAGUUGAAGGGUUGAGCUUAAGGGAAAAUUAAGUUUUUAGACUUUGUUUUCCAGUACCCCUCUUCCUCUUUUCCAUGGUGCCUCUUUGAUUGUCUUCUUUAUCUUAAUAGGCCAGUCAAAAGUACUUUGCUGGAUAUUUUGCUGUUACGAGCAUCAGGUUGGAAGAUUGAAGAUGAAGUAGCGAAGCAAGAAUCUGAAGGCUCAUCAAUGGAGGAUGAAGUGUUAAUUGAACCUGAAGAUGACCUGACAGAGGAGCAGCUCCAGGAGGGCACUGGGAACGAGGGUGAUAGUGAAGGUAUGAUAUGGUAAAAAGAGGUCGUUUAGUCCUCUCUAUUAAAAAAAUGUAUGAUAACUUCCAUGGUUUACAGUGUGAAAUGCAGUGUGCUGAAUUCCAGGUCUAAAGGUUGCAAUCAAUAACUCAAUCAAGCAAUCAGUCAUUAGUCAAUCAAUGAACAGAAGAUAACUUCUGUUAAAAGCAGUAAAAUAAGUUUCCCCUCUUCAAGAAUAUUCAUGUACUUAUUUAACAAGAAAGAGAUGUGUCUGGAGCAUUUUAAAAUAUUUGACAUUUUUAAAUGUAAAAUAUUUUGAUGACGUGCAAAGCUUGGUACUGGCUGUCUGAAUACUUGGUCAGAGUAGCUUGGAAUAUUGGUAGCGUAGACAGUGACAUGAACACAAGAAUGAGCGAUGCAUGGUCAACCCUGUGAGUGGUCUAAGACUGGAAGUCAAAUCAUCAAGAUAUCUCUAAUUAUUUUGUGUAACAUGUGUUGUUCUGUUUUAAUUUUGCUUUUAUUUUUUUUCUAAUGUAGAAUGGGACCCCUACUGUAAAGUCAAGUUGAUGUUAGAAAACCUGAAGCUGCAGGAUUUGUUUCAAAAGUUUUUCGACAAUUGUAUUCGCGUGAGUUUCCUCCUAAUUUUUUGGAGCGUUAUUAUCUAAUGCAGGUAUUUAUCAUAUAAACUAUGGUGUUACACGAGGAUUUCCAGCCCUGAGAAAAGCCGUGAAUAACACACUUGGAAAAAUAUCGUAUUUUUUCACGUGUGUUUGAUAUUGUCAAUCAGCUGCUGACACGUCACUCGCCUUUCGCGCCACUCGGUCAGGUUGAUGAAUGAACAGCAAAGCCUUCACCAUUCUCAAUCCAAGGUUGUUUGUCGGGAUGUGUUCGGAUUAUGGCUGCUUACAGACAGUGACGUUCAAACUUUCCUAGAAGGGAAAGAAAACCAAAAUACGGAGAGAAAACCGAUAGUUACGUAUUCAGUGGCUUUGUUUAUGGCAUUUCACGCGGCUGAGAACAAAAAUCGACAACUGGACGAUUUGUCACAGGCCGAUUUUGGCCGUGUACCUGAAAGAUUUCUUCGGUCGGUGAGGACCAAGUCAAUAACUGAGAACUUUGUACAUUGAAAAUUACGCCCAUCGUUUGUUUUUGUAGUGUUUCAACUCAUUUUUUCAUCUUGAGUCUUAGCGCCAAUGCCUUGUACGAUUUUUAUUCGGGGAUUGUCGAUCCUUUACUUUCAUUCGUUAAUAAAGUUGACUUUUCUUGUCAGUAAGGGGAUAUUGUGUCUAUAUGAUAAACGAAAUAAUACGUGGUUGCUUGUAGAACUUUCUUUUCUUGAGUUCAACUCGGCAUCUCACUCGUGAGCUAUCGAGUUGAACACUCUAAGAAAAAUUCCAUAUCCACACGCGCCCAUGUAUUCUUUAUUUAUCUGUUUUUUGUUGUUGUUGUUUUUUUAUCGAGACUUUCUUUGUCCAUUUGUCACCUGAAUGUUGUUUGUUGACUGAAAUGUGAAGGGUGGGAGGGUGAAAGUCAAAUUAUAGUUGAUUUAUGCGUUAACUAAGAAUGGUUUGAGCCUCUUUCCCUGAUUAAUAUAUGUUUCAGGACUCUCUCCUCACAGCUGAUUGGGAAGAACUUAAGAGAACUCUGCAGGUGAGUUUUAACAAAUCGACAGUGGUUUAGCAUGGUCUGUACUCUUAUCGACAGCAACAUUCGUCGUCAUAGUGAUCAAAAUGUUGUGGACUCGCGAGGCUUAGCCGAGUGAGUCCGCAAAAACUUCUUCAACCUUUUACACCGUAAUAUCAGUAUGUAUAUUUCCAUUACUGUUCUCCCUACAUUUCCCAAGGUCUUGACAAGGAGAAUUUGUUUAAAAGUCAAGAACUUCUUUGGUGAUCAUGACCUUUAUUCUCGUGACCUUGAUGUUUGAUUCAGAGGUGAUGUUGUAAGGAGAAAUUGGAUGCUAAUCACUCUUAGGGGUUAAAUGGUUAAAGCAUAAGUACGGCAAACCACAGGCAGCCCAAGCUCACGUCUCGAGAAAAAGCCAACAGUUAAUUCAUGAAAGUGUCACGCGUUGUGUGAUACGGUGUUAAGUUACGAGAGGUACCGUUGAAAAUUUGAACACAUUAUAAGGAAUAGUAUGGGGAACGAAAUAUGGUCGAUUUACAACGAUAGAUAUUUCAAAAUUUGAACUCUAUACACGUAAAAUGAAUAAAACUUAUUCACAUCGUUUGUGUCCGUUGUAGUUCUGCUGUGUUAAGCUUGCUUUUCCAUCACUGUUAUUCCUGUCAAAAGACGUAGUAAUAACAAGAAUAACAGUGAUGGAAAAGCAAGCUUUUUAAGGGUAGAAAUCGCCGGAAACCACAGCGGACACACAUGAUGUGAGUAAGUUUUAUUGAUUUUACGUGUAAAGAGUUCAUAUUUUGAAAUAUUUAUCGUUGUAAAUCGACCGUUUUUCGUUCCCCAUACUAUUCAACGUGUUCAAAUUCUCAACGGUUCCUCUGCAAACUUAAAACCGAAUCGCACAACACGUGACAGUUUCGUGAUUGAUAGUUUGCUUUUUCUCGAGACGUGAGCUUGGGCUGCCUGUGCUUCAAACUUCAUUUACUUUUUACACUCAGUUCUGAUAUCCUCUUGUAGAAACACACCGACCCAAAUUUUCUCGGUUAUUUGAAUAAACGGCCCUUGGAAAAAGUUUUUCGUGCGGUCUCUUAAUUGACUACAUAAUUUUGUUUUCCAGGAGGCCGGAUUUCCUCCUGGUGUUAUUUUGGAAAUAAGGAUGUACUUAAACAAAGGUGAGAGUGAUCAAGUAUUACGGUCGUUUUUGUUUAUUUGCUUGUUUUUUGUCGUUUUUUAAACUACUUUUUAUUAUACCCAUAGGGCUAUUGGAGGAAAACGUAACGAAGAUCUUGAAGCCUCCUGCACACAAAAUCAUCAAUGCGUCAUCUGCAGGAAAAAUUAAGGAGAUGAAGAACAAACCCCCUAGAUCUCCUUCGCCGACCAAAUCAAACGAGAGCAGUAUUGCUAUAAACCAAUUGAACCAGGAGCUGCAGCAACUCAUGAUUGAGGGAAAACAAGACAAAGGAGCACAAAGAGUUUCGCCAACAAAAAAAAUCAGCCCCCUCAGUCAACAAACAGGACACGAAGGAACACCGUAUAACAGGGCGGGGACUCGUAAGUUUGUUAGCAAGGCUGAGAGGAGACGGUCAUCAGAGGGCUUACCUGAAGAAGUAUCUUAUUUAUUACCGGACUAUGCUGAUAGCUUGUAUGAAAGGAUGGCUCCGUCUCCUCAUGCUCCAGUGGAACCCAGCAAUAAACGCCCCACCGUGGAAACAAUUGCUGAGAGUCAAACUGUAUCUUCAGUGUCGUACAGUGCUGUGCUCAAGGGCGUGUCACAGGAAACUACUAAACCUGGGGCAGCUAAAACAAAAGAAAGUCAGUCCAAGACAUUUUCUCGGCCCCCACCUGGGUUUCCUCCUCUCCCCACCCAUGGUGGGGACACUAAGAUGCACAUGACAGUGUUAGGCAACAAGUCAAAGACAAAAACCCCUGGACCGUCAAAUAGUACACCGCGAAACAAUACCCCAACCCGAGCUGACGCUAGUAUGAACUGGCGAAACGAUGGCCGGCAAGAGCCACGCAAUCAAACUACCAUACAACCAGUAAAUCCAUCACCCUCUGGACAGGGAGUUAAAUGGAGAUCAUAUGAUGAUACUGUUUCCCAGACUGAAAGUAAAGCGCCACCGAUGUCUGGAGCCUCCAGCGACGCGUCUAGUCAGAGAGGAGAAACACCGCAGGAAGAUCAAGCAUCUGUGAAAUCCGAUGAAUCUAAUGAGCCCCCGCCGAUCGUCCAACCCCACCGGGUAUUUGGCCCUGGUGGUUUAAAGGCUUGUGUGAUAUGUGGUAGUAAGGAACAUCUACGGUGUAACGACCGCUCAAAAAUGUUCAUGGACUAAAGAAAAGAGCACUUAACACGGAAGCGCUUUUCGAUCGAGUGUCGUAAAACCAAACUGAUCACAAAGGCUGUUCAUAGCGCAGACGAAUAUCAAAAGAAACCAAUGAGAAGUCAAAGUAAUUACAAGUAAACAACGUCAAAUGCACAAAAAUUCAAGUGUUAUUGCCAUAGUCGUUCCAAGUUUAGCAUCUGAUUGAUUUAAAAGAGGGCAUUGUUUUUUUUAGUGCAAUCAUUUAGUGAAGGAAAUCAACACAGUCCCGCAGUGCUUUUGACAUUGACUUCAGAAUUGCUACC